GGAGAGAAAGGAAGGAAGGAAGGAGUGAAAGGUUCUUUUUAAAGUAAACCAUCUCAGAUGGUAGUAGGGUGGAGAGAGGGAGUAACUGUUUCGAAACAAAAGUGUCCCACGCAGUGGGUCCCCGGGUUGCGUGGUGUCGCCACCACCGCAGAUCGUUACGCCAGACUCGCGGCUUCUCGCUCGUUCGCGCGCAGAUGAACUCCCACCGGCUCAGCCGUCAGCUGCGGUCUGGGAUCCAUCUCCUGCGCUCUGUCAGACCUCUCCCCGAGAACCCCACAGAGUAGAUAUCUUUCUAUGAGGGAGGGGGUUGAUGGAGGGCGUGCACUUGUUUGUUUCUCCGCGCAUUAGGCAGUCGUCUCUAUCUCAUUGUUGCUGCUUAAUUGUUUUUUACCUCCGCCUCAGAGUAGAAGCUCUUGCGCGUCGGCCCUGCUGGACAUCCAACCAAACCAAUCAGAGCGGGUGUUAGAAAGUGAAAUGGAUGUGAAGUCACCUCUGGGCGAUGUUUCCACGAGAGGGGUUGACAGCUUAGGGCAAACCGUCGGCACAGACAGUGCCAGCACCUUGUCGUUGCUGCUUGUGACGACAGUCUCAUCGAGCUCGGGGUGGCUGGACGGCGGUGGACUCCAGGAUUCGGUCCCAUAUAACGGUUCUGUCUACAACAUGCCUUCAGAUGAGUUUGACGCCGACACCAACGUUACUGGGCCCAUCUUCAUGACGCCGACUUACAUGUUGGUGUGGGUUACCAUAGCCAACGUCUUGGUUUUUGUCACGGGUGUCAUCGGCAACACGUUGGUCAUCCUGGUAGUCACGUGUGUUCACGACAUGAAGACCGCCACUAACCUGUGUCUGAUGAACCUCAGCAUCGCCGACCUCCUCGUCCUUCUUAUCUGUCAGCCGUCUGCGCUUCUUGAAUUCUACGCCGAAGAAAAGUGGAUGCUGGGGUCUUUUAUGUGCAAACUGACGGUGUUCCUAGAGAACGCAGUGACCCUGGCAUCCAUCCUCAUCAUUCUGAGUGUCAGCUUCGAGCGCUACUUACGCCGUGUGCUACCCGCUGAGGAUGUACUCCACGGAAAGCCGCUUUAAGGCCAUGGUGUUGAUGGCUGUCAUGUGGCUGGUGG